AUGGAUGAAGCGCUCGAGUCCCCAACAUCCACGCCCGUGAUGGACGACGAUCACGAUGAGCGCCGCCCGCUUCUUCUGCGAUUCCCCUACAGUCUCGUGAUGAAAGUAUCGCUGAGUGAGCCCCGUGAUGUCCUUCAAACGGAGCGGACGACGUUGACGUUUGUGCGGUUUGCUACCACCCUCUUCUUCACCGCCAUGGGGAUGAUUCUCAAUUUCCGCAUCAAUUCCUCCGGUAACCCGUCUCUGGGAUACCGCCACCCGUUUUCCGAGUGGAGUUCGACGAUCAUUCUGUUUGUUCUCAUCGUGUUAGCGUUGUUUACUUUAAUUCUUCUGGGGGUCAAUUAUAUGUUCUCCAUUCGACGCUAUGCUGACCAUAAGAUCCACACUCACGGUUUCAGUAAUAAGCUGACGGCAGUGUGUUUCACCGCAGUGGUAUUAGCGCUUGCUGCUAUCUGUGUUCUAUUUAUUAUCGAAGGGUACGUGCUGAAAUAG